AUGAAUCUGAGGCUCUGGGUGCAGGCGCUCCUGCUGCUCUGGCUCUCCCUGACUGCGGUGUGUGGAGGGCCCCUGCUGCAGCCUUCUGCUGGGAGGGAAUUGGAGGAAGGCAAUGUCCGCCACCUGGUGAAACCCAGAGGGUCGAGGAAUGGACCAGGACCCUGGCAGGGAGGUCGAAGAAAAUUCCGCCGCCAGCGGCCACGCCUCUCUCAUAAGGGCCCCAUGCCUUUCUGA